UUAGAACUAACAAAUACUACUUGGUGUUGGGGGGAGAGCUGGAGAGGGAUGGGUCAACAGGGAGGAUGUGGUUGCCAACCCUGAGCACUGAAAUCAGCAGGCUACACAGCUGACUCCCUGGUGACCUUUUCCCUACAUUCAGCUAUUUUUAGCAUGCUCACGUGAGACCCUUCCCUCCUACUCCCAGCUCCCAGACCUUCCAGCAACUUUCAGCAGGCUGGCUGGAACCCUGCCCACCUCUCCUGAUUCCCAGUGGGAAGAGGAGGGGGUUCAGGUUUCUACCGCCCCCAUAUAUUUUCUCCACCCCAAUUUGGGAGUGGGUGUCAAAUUCCCAAUGAGGGCGGGGUAGGGCGGAGCAGGGGUGGCCAGGCCUGAAGGACACGGGGACAUGGGCCAGAGUGGCCAGACACAUAGACCUACAGGAGCGAACCUGUACUGUGCCACCCAACCUCCAGGAUGGCGGAAGCACACCAGGCGGUAGCCUUCCAGUUCACUGUGACCCCAGACGGGGUUGACUUCCGGCUCAGUCGGGAGGCCCUGAAACACAUCUACCAGUCAGGAAUCAAUUCCUGGAAGAAACGCCUGAUUCGCCUCAAGAAUGGCAUCCUUAGGGGUGUGUACCCUGGCAGCCCCACCAGCUGGCUAGCUGUCAUCAUGGCAACAGUGGGUUCCUCCUACUGCAAGGUGGACAUCUCCAUGGGACUGGUCUGUUAUAUCCAGCAAUGCCUCCCUGAGAGGUAUGGCCCCUAUGGGACCCCACAGACGCAGGCACUUCUCAGCAUGGUUGUCUUCUCCACGGGGGUCUGGGUGACAGGCAUCUUCUUAUUCCGACAAACCCUGAAGAUGCUGCUUUCCUACCACGGAUGGAUGUUUGAGAUGCACAGCAAGACCAGCCGUAGCACCAAGAUAUGGGCUAUCUGUGUUCGCCUUCUGUCCAGUCGACGUCCCAUGCUCUACAGCUUCCAGACAUCUUUGCCUAAGCUUCCUGUACCCAGUGUGCCGGCUACAAUUCAUCGGUACCUGGAUUCUGUGCGGCCCUUAUUGGAUGAUGAAGAAUAUUACCGCAUGGAGACACUGGCCAAAGAAUUCCAGGACAAGACUGCCCCCAGGCUGCAGAAAUACCUGGUCCUCAAGUCAUGGUGGGCAACUAACUAUGUAAGUGACUGGUGGGAAGAAUACGUCUACCUCCGAAGCAGGAGCCCCCUCAUGGUGAACAGCAACUAUUAUGCCAUGGAUUUUGUGCUUAUCAAGAACACAGAUGUGCAGGCAGCACGUCUGGGAAAUGCUGUUCAUGCCAUGAUCAUGUAUCGCCGCAAACUAGACCGUGAAGAAAUCAAGCCUGUAAUGGCACUAGGCAUGGUGCCCAUGUGCUCCUACCAGAUGGAGAGGAUGUUCAAUACCACACGCAUCCCGGGCAAGGAGACAGAUGUGCUACAGCACCUCUCAGACAGUAGGCAUGUGGCUGUUUACCACAAGGGCCGCUUCUUCAAGGUGUGGCUCUAUGAAGGCUCCCGCCUACUCAAGCCUCGGGACCUGGAGAUGCAGUUCCAAAGGAUCCUGGAUGACUCUUCCCUACCGCAGCCUGGGGAAGAGAAACUGGCUGCCCUCACUGCAGGGGGAAGGGUGGAAUGGGCACAUGCACGUCAGACCUUCUUCAACUCUGGCAAGAAUAAGACUGCUCUGGAGACCAUUGAGCGUGCUGCUUUCUUUGUGGCUCUGGAUGAGGAGUCCCAUUGCUACAGCCCUGAUGAUGAGGCUAGCCUCAGCCUCUACGGCAAGGCCUUGCUACAUGGCAAUAGCUACAACCGGUGGUUCGACAAAUCUUUCACUCUUAUUUCCUUCAAGAAUGGCCUAUUGGGCCUCAACACAGAACAUGCAUGGGCAGAUGCCCCCAUCAUUGGGCACCUCUGGGAGUUUGUACUGGGCACUGAUACCUUUCACCUGGGCUACACAGAGACUGGACACUGCGUGGGUGAGCCAAACACUAUGCUGGCACCUCCUCAGCGGCUGCAGUGGGACAUUCCUGAGCAGUGCCAGGCAGCCAUUGAGAGUUCCUACCAAGUGGCCAAAGCACUUGCAGAUGAUGUGGAGUUAUACUGCUUCCAAUUCUUGCCCUUUGGCAAAGGCCUCAUCAAAAAGUGUCGGACCAGCCCUGAUGCCUUUGUGCAGAUUGCCCUGCAGCUGGCUCACUUCCGGGACAAAGGCAAGUUCUGCCUGACCUAUGAAGCCUCAAUGACCAGAAUGUUCCGAGAGGGACGGACUGAGACUGUGCGUUCCUGUACCAGUGAGUCAACAGCCUUUGUGCAGGCCAUGAUGAAGGGGUCCCAUACGAAAGAAGACCUCCAAGAUCUGUUCCGGAAGGCUUCUAAAAAGCACCAGAACAUGUACCGGCUGGCCAUGACAGGGGCUGGGAUUGACAGGCACCUCUUCUGCCUUUACGUGGUCUCCAAGUACCUAGGGGUUAGCUCCCCUUUUCUGGCUGAGGUGCUCUCCGAACCCUGGAGCCUCUCUACCAGCCAGAUCCCUCAGUCCCAGAUCCGCAUGUUUGACCCAAACCAGUACCCGAAUCACCUUGGUGCUGGAGGUGGCUUUGGCCCUGUGGCAGAUGAUGGCUAUGGGGUUUCCUACAUGAUUGCAGGUGAAAACACUAUCUUCUUCCAUGUUUCCUGCAAGUUCUCAAGUUCAGAGACAAAUGCCCAGCGCUUUGGGAAUCACAUCCGCCAAGCACUGCUGGACAUCGCUGAUCUUUUCAAAAUUUCCAAGACUGACAGCUGAAGGCUGGAGAAAUACCAGCUGCCCUUUUGUCCCCACCUUGUAAAGGAAAAGGCCUGUGGCCAAAUCACAGGCACAAGGGAUGUCCAUGCACACAUGCCUGGUUCUGAGGACAGCUCUGGCAGCAGGUGCUCCCCAGACAGAUACUACUCCUUUAGGGCCCAAGUGGAGGUGGGAUUGGAGCAGGGAGGGAAUUUUAAAUUUUUUUUGUCUUGGUAGAUACUAAUAAAAAUAAGGCUGUAUAAUUCU